GAGAAACCAUACAAAUCAUGCAGUGAGGAAGAAACGAGGCAUCUUCCCUCGGAAGAUCCUCCAGUCACCGGAACCAUAUAAUCUAAUUUGAUCUCAGCCAAAAUGCUAGUAAUAAACAACACUAUUUAUAGCAGACAUCCACGAGUAUCCUCUGCCCCGGCUCACGGUCACACUCACACAUACGCACGCUCGCGGCUUGCCCCGAUCGAUGGCCAAGGUCGCGCCAUUUCUCCUCCACCAUGCGACGCCACUGCCCAACCUCAAGCUCCAUACUCCUCCAAGAAGCACCUCACUUCAUGCCAGGCACUCCACGCCCGGCCUCGCACGGUGCGCCACCACCACCACCACCACCGUGUUGCAGGACGAGGAGCCCUUCAGCCUCGAGCGGUACAUGGCGUCCAAGGCGGCGACCGUGAACGAGGCGCUCGACCGCGCCCUGCCGCCCGGGCACCCCGAGCGCCUCCUCGAGUCCAUGCGCUACUCGCUCCUCGCGGGCGGCAAGCGGGUGCGCCCCAUGCUCGCGCUCGCCGCGUGCGCGCUGGUGGGCGGCGACGAGGCCGCCGCCGAGCCCGUGGCCUGCGCCGUCGAGAUGGUCCACGCCAUGUCGCUCGUCCACGACGACCUCCCCUGCAUGGACGACGACGACCUCCGGCGCGGCCGCCCCACCAACCACGUCGCCUUCAGCGUCAGCACCGCGCUGCUGGCCGGGGACGCGCUCCUGGCGCUCGCGUUCGAGCACCUCGCCCGGGGCUGCGCGGACCGCGGCGUGCCGGCCGACCGCGCGCUCCGCGCCGUGGCGGAGCUCGCGGGCGCCGUGGGCGCGGGCGGGCUCGCGGCGGGGCAGGUCGUGGACCUCGCCAGCGAGGGCGCCGACGUCGGCCUCGCCACGCUGGAGUACAUCCACGUGCACAAGACGGCGCGGCUCCUGGAGGCCGCGGCGGUGUGCGGCGCCAUCGUCGCCGGAGGGGACGACGAGGAGGUCGAGGGCGUCCGGCGCUACGCGCGUUACGUCGGCCUGCUGUUCCAGGUGGUCGACGACGUGCUGGACGUGACGCGCACGUCAGAGCAGCUGGGGAAGACGGCGGGGAAGGACGUGGCGACCGACAAGGCAACGUACCCGAAGCUGAUGGGCGUGGACGGGGCGCGCGCGUACGCCGCCGAGCUUGUGGCGAGCGCCGAGGCAGAGCUAGACCGCUUCGACGCUGCUCGUACAGAACCCCUGCGUCACCUCGCACGCUUCAUUGCGUACCGGCAGCACUAAUUAAUUAGUGCAAGAUUAUCACAAUUUGGUUGUAAAAAAAUGCUUGUGCCCCUGUCAGCACUAUCGAAGUCGGUCACAUACACGAGUAUACACUCAUCCUUGUGAACGCACGCACUCACACUCUAUCCCUAUGAGUACCUCCGAGAGACUGAGCCGUCACAUCAACACUCACCCCUAUGAAUACACGCACUCACACACUAUCCCUAUGAGCACCUCGGAGAGACUGAGCCGGCAUUUCAUCUUGAGAUUGACGAAGUUGUCACAAGCGCCUUCAUAAUCGACGAACGUCUCCUCCCACUGUACACACAUCACAAAAAGAUUGGAAUAAAUCUAGAACAAGUCUGGAACGUGAAGUAUGUCAUUAAGUUUGACCAAAUCUUUAACUCACCAAGGGCAUGUUUGGAUCGAUGCCUUAGCACGGCGACUUCCGACUGUCUACUACGACAAAUUUUGCCCGGCUCCGACAAGGAAGGGACGAUGACGGCGACGCACCUUCGGCUUGCUUUAGUAAUUGUAAUCAUCGCUAGGUGGUCUAUGAGUCUGAAUGUAAUUUUUAUUUCUAGUAUUCGUUGUAUUACCAUGUAAUUUUUUAGAAGCUUUUCCAAAAAACGAUUUUCGUCUAGGGUGACUGGUGGGCCCAUUUGGUCGGAGGCCAGCUUAGGG